AAAUAGAAGUCAAGAUUAUUUUCAUAAUAAAUUUUUAUAUAUGAAUAAAUUAUAUAAUGAUGAAACAAAAUUAAAACAAAAUCUUUUCUUUAAACUGAUUGCUGAUCCACCAACAACAACUGGGCAAAGAUUAAAAGCUUUAACGAUUGGUUCAAUACCUACAUUUUUUGAGAUAAAGGACUCAUUUGAUAGCAAAGUUAUAAGCGAAGAUAAUAUUAUAUAUCAACUUGCUAAACAAGGCAAAAAAGUUAUUUUUUUAGGAGAUGACACUUGGAUAUCACUGUACUCUUCAGAUAUAUUUUAUAAAAUUUAUCCAUUUCCAUCAUUUAUUGUCAAAGAUCUACACACUGUUGAUAAUGGGAUUUUAGAUAAUAUAUUUACAAUUAUAAAAUCAAAUGAUUGGGAUAUAAUUAUUGGACAUUUUUUAGGUGUAGACCAUUGUGGUCAUUGGUUAGGAGUUAAUCAUAUAAAAAUGGCUGAAAAGCUUAUACAAAUGGAUGAAUUUAUAAGGGAUUUAAUUCAACUUAUGGAUAACCAAACAUUAAUUAUAGUCCUAGGAGAUCAUGGAAGCACAAAUAAUGGUGACCAUGGUGGCGAAAGCAAACUGGAAAUAGAAUCAUUUCUUUUUGCUCAUUCCAAACAACCAAAUUUUGCAGAACAAUCGAGACAGGCUUCCAAUCCAGACGUAAUGUUCCAAAUCGAUUUAGUUCCUACAUUGGCUCAUUUACUUCGUUUUCCUAUCCCAUAUUCCAGCUUUGGCAAGACUAUAACUCAAUUUUUCGGAAAUUUUCCCGAUAAAUUUACGCGUAAUAUGCGAUUAGCAGCUAUGUUUGAAACCAAUAUCAAACAGGUUCAAAAUAUUUGGGAUUUUCAUCAAUUAGAAUCGCGACUUAUACCAUCGGAGAGAAUUGCCAUUAAAAAAACUUAUUCUUAUUUAUUACACCUUAUGGAAGAAAUUCGAAACAUCACAUCUACAUCUAAUUUUAGUAAUCAUGAUAUAGUAGCUCCCCAAAUUUCAUAUAUGCUUCGCACAACGGACGCUUAUAUAAAGGAAUCUCAAAAUUAUUUGAAUCUUCUUCAACGAUUUGCUCGUAAAUAUUGGGUAGCUUUUGAUUAUGUUCACAUAUACUUAGGUCUUGCUUUUUUUGUUAUCAAUUUAUUGGCAUUUCUCAUUAUAAUCAAAACCAUUAUAGACAACUAUCUAAACGACGAUAGAGAUAAAAAUUUUGAAAAGAAGGAUGAUAAUUUUAAAUAUAAUCGCAGUUUGAAACAAGAUAAUACAAAAAUGAUUUCACAUGAAAAUAAAGAGGACAAAAAUGAAAAAUUCAUUGAUAAUCCUAUAUUGUAUAGGGUGAAAUGGUUUUUUUCCGCCAUAACUGUUAUUUUAAUGCUUUACUUAACUUUAUAUUAUCUAUCCCAUCAUACCCUAAAGUUACUCGUUAUCAAGUUUUUACAUUGCACUGUCAGUUACGCAUUGAUUACUGUGAACAUUUGUUUGUUAGUUCUCUCUGCUUACUAUUAUAAAAUAUCCUAUAACUCGUCAAAAAAAACUUACAAUAUUGAUUCUAAAAAAUACGAACAUUAUAAUUUAGGCCAUUCUGUAAUGUAUGACCUAAAAACCGAGAAAUAUUUCGCCGAGAUGAAUAAACAGGUGGAAAUUACUAAUAAAAUAAAUAUUAAGGUAUCCCAAAAUAAUUAUAUGGAUUGUAAAGGCACAUCUUACAAUCGCAAUUUUUUGAUAUCCGAUUGGUUAUGGAUUACAUUUUACAUAAUACCAUCUAUUAGUCUCUUCUCCAAUAGUUAUGUCAUUCGAGAAUUUCUAGUUAACAGAUUUGCCCUUCAAACCUCGCUCAUUACUUUAGGCAUUAUCAAGAUAACCUCGGUCUUGUAUUAUAAAGCACGGCCUAUAAUUUUUACUAAAUUAAUCGUUAAAACAUUUUUUCCUGUCUUUAUCAUAUGUUUCCUCGUAAGAGUCAGUUUAACCGAUCACAUAUACGAUAGCGCUGAACAGACUUACCAUUUAUUUGAUAGUAAAUGCAGAUCUGAAACAGUUGAAGCCGGUAUAUGCCAAGAAGGUAAUUUAUUGCGACAUGCUAUUUUUGGCGUUUCAGAAUUCGGGAAUCAAUCUUUGACAAUACCAAUCAACGAAAAGGCGUUCUAUAGUUAUAUUAUAACAUUACCAUUCUUAUCGUUUAUUUGGGGUCUUAUUUUGAGUACUAUGAUACCUUACACGUGUUUUAAGGCAAUAAAACAUUUCCGCGAUUACUUAAACAAAAAUGGGAAAUUGGAACCUAAAAAUAUAACCAGUAAUUUGUCCCUAUUAGUAUUUUUCAGCUUAUUUAUAUAUUGGUUCUCGGAAUGCCUGAAAGAUAUAACGACUCAUAAUUUAAGUAUUACUUUAUCGUUGGCCUUUAUACAAUACUUGACUUCCAGAAUAAUCAUAGGAGUUUCUUUUUAUGCUUGUAUACUAACUCCAACCAUAAUUAUACAGGAAGAUGAUAACAUACAUUUAUCUAAAGUUGUAUAUGACGAACAGAUUUUAAGAUUUAAUAAAAGGAUCGAGAUGAUAAGCUUUAUUCUACCUGUUAUAUUAUUAAUUAAUACGAGAGAAAGCAUAUAUCAAUGUUGCUUUCUUCUCAUUCUGUCCUGCCUAAUUAUAUGCUUACGAAUGUCUUUCACAAAAAGUUCAACUUGUGCGAUGACACCCAAACUGCGACUACAUAGUGUUCUUUUGUACGCAUUUAUAUGGUUCUCGUUGUCGAACUUCGCAUUUUUCCUGACACAUCAUCAAAACGAAAUUUCGGCUAUCAAAUGGCACUCUGCUUUUGAAGGAAUGGCAUCUGAAAGCAUGACAAAAUUUGAUUCUACCAUGUUUAGUUUUUUAUAUCGCUUUAAAAGCAUAAUUUCCAGCGAGCCCAAUAGAUUUAUAUCUGCUUACCUGAUAAUCCUGAAUACAUUUAGUAGUCAAAUUUUAUUGACAUUGAUGUUUCCUAUAUUUACAAAUUCUCCUAUAAUAUUGUCGAGGAUUUACCAAACAAAUAUUGACGCUCUAGAAAGCACGUAUAGUACAAUCUUUAUCACCCUUUCGUUUAUCAAGAUUUUUUGUUGCACCGUUUGCAUUUUUAUUCAUAGAAGACAUUUAAUGCUAUGGGCCAUUUUCUUCCCAAGAUUCAUUUACGCGCUUGUUGAAUAUCUGCUAGUCGUAUUAAUCUCCAUUUUUUCAAUUACAAGCUAA